AUGGAGCAGGACCCAGGUUUCAUCGCGGCUGUUGAAGAGGCAAAGCAAGGCGCCGCCGAGGGCGGCGUCCCCAUUGGCGCCUGCUUGGUCUCUAAGGAUGGCAAGAUUUUGGGUCGAGGACACAACAUGCGCGUGCAAAAGGGUAGCCCCGUCCUGCAUGCCGAGAUGUCUGCUCUGGAGAACUCUGGCCGUCUCCCCGCCUCGGCGUACGAGGGUGCCACCAUGUACACGACCCUCUCCCCUUGCGACAUGUGCACGGGUGCGUGCAUUCUAUACAAGAUCAAGCGGGUGGUCAUUGGCGAAAACCAGAGCUUCAUGGGCGGAGAGGAAUACCUGCUCAACCGCGGCAAGGAAGUCGUCGUAGUGGACAACCAAGAGUGCAAGGAUUUGAUGGCCAAGUUUAUGAAGGAAAAGCCGGAGCUAUGGAACGAGGACAUUGCCGUCUAA